UAAGAAAAAGGAAAAACAAUCUUGAAAGAGAAUACUACAAAUUUAUCAAAUUAUAAUAAAACCCUGAAUACAGAAAAAUUGACAUUACAGAAGGAGAUGAAAGAACUGAGGCAACGGAUACAUAAAAUAGAUGGAUGGAGUUGCUAUCAAUCCAGUCUUUACUUCAUUUCCUCUGAGAAGAAGAGCUGGACUGAGAGCAGAAGAUACUGUACAGACAGAGGAGCAGAUCUGAUCAUCAUAAACAACAGAGAGGAACAAGAGUAUUUAAAACAAGUUCCAGGUGGCACUGAUGUCUGGAUUGGUCUGACUGACAGUGAUGUGGAGAACACAUGGAAAUGGGUUGAUGGCACCAACAUGACCUCUGGGUUCUGGAGGGAUGGAGCACCAAGUGAUAGCGCUGGUGAUAAGGAUUGUGCCAUAAAUCUGCCAUCAGGGUUUGCUGAUUAUUCAUGUAAAAAAACUUUUAAAUGGAUCUGUGAGAAGAACACAUCUUAAUUUACAUUGCUAUA